AUGCACUCGCUGUCGCUGUCGCGCCUCGCCUGCGGCUGCGACGUCCACCUCACAGCUGAGCAGGCGCGUGCCUUGGCGAAGAAGGAGGGCCUCUCGCUCGUGGAACGCAAGAACGCCACCGGCUUCGCGGGCGUCAUCGAGUCCACUUCGCGGUUGCACCCUUUCGCCGUCUUGGACACCCGGCCGACGACUGAUGGCAGCAUCGAUGGCAGCAUCGGCAAGGCAAAGAAGAAGAUCCUGGGCAAGUUCGUGACGGCGGAGCACGCCGCGCUCGCGUACGCCAGGCAUGUGGCCGAGGUUGGCGUGCGGGCCCGCGGUGGCUGGAGGGCGGGGUCGGGCAGGAAGCGAGCCGCUGAUGCAUCGACUGGAGCAGAGGCUUGGUGGAAGUACCGUAGCGAGGAGAGGGGGAGGAUCGAGGCGAUGAGUGCCGAGGCCGCUGGGGAGGCCGCGGUAAAGGAGGGCGCGAACAGGGUGAGCACGGCGAUCAACCCGUCGGGCUAUAAAGGCGUCAUUAUGCGGGCCAGCACGGCGGAAGGCGGCCCGACGGCCUACUCCGCACACUGGCAGCCGUGCGCGAGCGACGCGAAGCGCCUCGGCAAGAAGGGCCUGCGCUUCGGCGUGUGGUCCUGCCCGGAGCACGCCGCGCUUGGACCUUUGGCGCGCGAGGAGGCGAGCGGCGCUGCAACAUCAUCGUGGAACUUGCAAUGCCUCGCUGACGUGGCUGGGUGCAAGGCGCCGGACGGCGGAGCCGGUACAGCACGGCGGGUCGAGUGA